GCGUGUUUCCCAUAGUUCAGUAUACGGGUUGGGCAGGCUUUGACAAGGUGGAAGCUUGUGUCAUGAAAUGAUCUCGCCGCGCACACACAAGCGCCAAUCUCAGCAGGAGACGGAAGAAAUGUGAACCAAGGAAUGGCAAUAAGUAAGAAUGGCUUGAUCGUUGUUCUCCUCAUCGUCACACUCUGCAUUUUGGAAACCGGAAACAUCUUCAAGUUGUCAAGCCCGGAACAGGUCCGCUUUGGAGAACAACACAUCAUUAGGGAGAAAAGGCAAGAGCCGCUCGGCCUGUAUCAGUAUGAAGUGUCCGUUGAGCUAAAUGUGACAAGUGUUGAGACAGUGGAUUACCUUCGUCGCCUGCUGCACAAUAGCAGCUCUUCCCUGCCUCUGGGUCCCAGUGCAAAUUUGACACACAUUAACAUCACCCAAGUUUGCUAUCUCAAUGGGAGCAACUUCCAGUGCCGAUGCGAGGAAGACUUUUUUUGGCCAAGUGACACCUGCGUGACAUACCAAGCCUGUGAUGAGAUUGUUAAUGAUGCCUGCACGUGUAUCAACGAUAUCCCCCCCGAAGGGCACUACUGCGAACCAAAGACAGACCCACCGUUUGCCACAACAGUCAGCAGCACGGCGGCAACUCUUGAACCAACAACACCAACAAACACACUGGACACGACGACUGGAGUGCCAACGACACCAAUAGACGCACCGUUUACCACAACAGUCACCACCACGGCGGCAACUCUUGAACCAACAACACCAACAAACGCAGAAUUGAGCUCUCCCACCACAUUAGACACGACAACUGUAGUGCCAACGACAGCAACAGACACAUUGUUUCCCACAACAGUCACCAACACUGCGGCAACUCUUGAACCAACAAUACCAACAAACACAGCACCAAGUUAUACAAGCACCUUCAAAACCGCAACAAGUGGAGUACCCACAACGGUGACGAGCACAACGCCGGUUUCGACAACGGUUUCGAGCACUCCCACUGCGGUCUCGACGACGUCAGCAGCAACACCUCCAUUUGUUUUUGAAUACGUCCUCACCAUUGAGCUGAGCACCACGAACGAAAGCGUGAUAAAUCGACUGAGGAGCAUUCUGAGAAACGUGACUUAUCCCAUCGCCGUAGACGUCGGCGGCUACCCCACAAUCUCUGAAAUCAACAUGACUACAGUUUGCAGUCCAAGCAGUGACGGUGUUCAGUGCAGAUGCGAGGAUCGGUAUCGUUGGUCAUGUGACCAGUGUUUCCUGCAUGGAUCAUGUGACAACAUCACAGACGACGCGUGUGGAUGCAUCGAGGGGAUUCCUCUGGGUGGACUCUAUUGCCAAUCUAUCGAUCAAAACAUCACUUCUGUCUGUCCCACCACAAGCGUCUUUCCGACAACAUCAUAUACAACAUUGGAGUCGACAACUGUAACACCAUCAACUCCUGGAACGGAUGCUACCACAACUCAAGCGCCGACGACUGUUACAAAUACGACAACUCAAGCGCCGACAACUGUAACAAAUACCACAACUACUCAACUGCCGACAACUGUAACAAAUACGACAACAAAUACGACAACUCAUGCGCCGACAACUGUCACAAAUACGACAAAUACUCAACUGCCGACAACUGUCACAAAUACGACAACUACUCAACUGCCGACAACUGUAACAAAUACGACAACAAAUACGACAACUCAAGCGCCGACAACUGUAACAAAUACGACAACUCAUGCGCCGACAACUGUCACAAAUACGACAACUACUCAAGCGCCGACAACUGUAACAAAUACGACAACUCAAGCGCCGACAACGUCUGCAACAAAGUCCACGACAACUCAAGCGCCAACCGCUGUCACAAAUACGACAUCAUCUCAAGCACCAACAAUAUUCCAAUUAGAGAUGUCCAUCCGAUUCGACAAAGAGUACACUCCGGAACUCAGCGAUAAAACCAGCUCUGUUUACAAGGAUUUUGAGUCUCAGAUCAGGCCUGUGUUAUUCGACCAAUACAGAAGGCUAACAGGAUUCGUCAGCGCUUCAGUGACGGCUUUCAGGCCGGGAAGCGUGAUUACAGACUUUAGCGUUGAAACAUCGCGAGUCGACGCUCAGGAACUUGCCGCGGCGAAUCAGGGAUUCUCUGUCGCAGUGCAGCCGAUUGCUAGCGUCAUCGGUUCUGUUACCGCACUUUACAAUAGUCCGACUGAAAUCACAUUUCCGCCCGUGACUUAUACUGGAAGGUCAAUGACCUUGACGUGUGGCCCCGCUCCUGAGAGCAUUCAGUUAGGACCUGUCCCUCAAGCUCGAUGGAAAUUAAAUGGAAAGAAAAUCAAAUCGGGUGGACGCAUCCGAGUCACUUCAUCCGCUCGCGCGUCCGAGCUUACGGUUACGAACGUGAUUCUGGCAGAUGCUGGGCUUUAUGAAUGUCAUCUAAUAGGCGACGCCAUGACUUUUGUGCAAGUGGGACACGCGACGAAAAUCAGACAAGCGCCGAACGUGCGAGUGCCGAGCAAAGUCAAUGUGAAGUGUUCAGACGGGGGGACGCAGCCACUUCGAUGUUGCGUGCAGUCCAACUAUAUCGUCAGGUGGUUUCUGGACGCCGGCGUUUUAAACUCCGAGGAAAAGACCGAUGAGGAAAGCUACUGCAUUUUGCACCGAUACAGUCUGAGUGGCUGCAGAGAUUCGCCAACCCGAGAAUUACGUUUUACAUGCAGAGUAGACGAUCCACAAGGCUUUGAAGAGACAACAACAAUGAUCCUUUUUAAUGAGAAUGUUGCAUGUAAUGAUCCGCUGUACGGGAGCGGACGACCAAAUGACGUCUCGACCGCGGCGUGUGAUCCGGGUCAAGAGGGGAGCAGGACUGCCAUAUGCAGGGAGACGGGAGAAUGGAUCCUUUUGGAAGACACUUGCAUUGUGACCGCAAUCAAGGACUUGGUCGUCGUUUCUGAGGAUUUGCUCGAAGAGGAAGCUCCGCAAUUAGCUGCGAAUCUUAGCGAAGUGGUCCAGGGGCAAAAACAAGAAAUUGCAAAUUCAUCCGCGACCGUCUCAGCGAUCGUUGGCAUCCUGAGCGUCAUUGCCAACGUUUCGACCCAAGUGAACGAAACCGUCAUGGAGAACGUGCUGGCGACGGUCGAUGUCCUCAUCGGUGACGACGCCAGAGAAUCUUGGCAAGUUCUGAGAGAAAACGUCACUCGCAAUGACAGCUCCAUAUUGCUUAGCUCGAUGGAGACUCUGGCCGAUGAGCUCGUCGGGGAGUUCACCAUCAGAACCGGGUUCAUUCAGCUCAACAGGACCAGGUUCAACGACUCCUUUGCGGCGGAUUUCAACUCAAGCGUCGGCAUUGAUAUUCCAAACAUCGACAGUAACAAUGUCAAUAUCACCGUCAUCGUUUUCUCCACCCUGGACAAUGUGCUGCCGCCUCGCAACGCCAGCUAUGACAGCACGUCCGCAAACACCAACGACACGUCCGCUUCAUUUAAUGACAGUCUGAACGCGGCGGUGGCGCUUGUCAAAGUCAAAACGGACAUUCGGAAUGUUACUCUGAGUUUCAAGAAGCAGAACGACUCGCUGACUCAGAAUCCGCAGUGCGUCUUUUGGAACUUCAGCCUUUUGGACGGGUUGGGCGCUUGGGACGACCAGGGUUGCGUGUUCGUUUCCGACACAAACGACAUGGUGACCUGCAGCUGCAACCACCUCACCUCCUUCUCGAUUCUGAUGGCAACGGGUAUCCCCGAGUCGAUACGAGUGGCUUUAGAUCUCAUCACGUAUAUCGGAGUCGGCAUAUCGAUGGCGAGCCUGGUCAUUUGUCUCCUCAUCGAAGCGUACGUGUGGAAAGCCUUGACGAGGAACAGCACGGCGUUCAUGCGCCACGUGUGCAUCGUCAACACCGCCCUGUCUCUGCUGAUCGCCGACAUCUGUUUCAUCAUCGCAGCCUCUUACGCCAAGAACCCCCUCGAAAACCCGGGAGAUGACCAUCGGGUCCCACUGGCGCCGUGUACCGCCGCGACUUUUUUCAUGCACUUGUUCUACCUGGCCCUCUUCUUCUGGAUGCUGGCGUCGGGGCUUCUUCUGUUCUACCGAACCGUCAUGGUUUUCUCGCAGAUGUCCAAGGCGGCCAUGAUGGCCAUUGGCUUUGUUUUUGGCUACGUGUGCCCCCUCAUCAUCGCGGUCGUCACUGUCGCCGCCACGGCCCCGGGCAAAGGAUACAUCAGGGAAAACGACGCAUGCUGGCUGAACUGGAGCAAGACCAAAGCCCUGCUGGCCUUGGUGAUACCGGCCUUGGUUGUCGUUUUUAUCAACAUUUUCAUUGUCAUCGUGGUCAUGUUCAAAAUGCUAAGAAGAGGCGUCGGGGAGGCGGCUCCUCCUGACGAAAAGCACACGCUGGUUGUCAUUGCCAGAUGCGUGAUCAUUUUGACUCCUUUGUUUGGACUCACGUGGGCUUUGGGAGUGGGGACCAUGGUUUCGUCCACCAAUGAGGGGAUCCACAUUGCGUUUGCCUUCUUCAAUUCACUGCAGGGUUUCUUUAUUUUAGUUUUUGGGACACUGCUGGAUUCAAAGAUCCGAGCCGUUCUCUCCAAAAAACUACCUGUAUCAAGCUCAGGCUCCGGCUCCAAUCAAACUGCAAGUACAAGUGCUGGAGUUUCUUCUUCAAGUGGUCUCAAAUGGUUGCGAAAACUACGUGGGAAAAGAUAUGUCUACCAUGUGUGGGAGGCUACAAAUUCAAGCAGCGCCAGUGGCUCUGAGCCAUCCUCCAAUAUCUGAAUCAGAUGAAUAAUCACUCAUAAAAUGGGCUUUACUUCAGAUUUAAGAAAUCUGUCGCUCUGUACGAUUUAGUACAAUGUUAUAUUUUAACUGCACCGAGUCAUCAACAAUCGUCGUUUCAAAACACUGCAGUGGCAUAAAUACCCAGCAUGCAUUCUUGGACUGAUUUGUGCCAGCACUGUGUGGAAUGCACGAUUUUGAAGUUACGUGCAGUUACGGGUAUGUUAAGUCACCUUAAGCUUGACCACUAAUGACAAUGCAUUUGGUGAUGCUGAUGCUCACCUGCACACUCUAAACAUCCUUCUCUGUUGUAAAAAAUAAAAA